UGUUGGGCCAAGUAUCAAACACUUUCCACUUCAUUAACCCAAUCCCUAUCUCUUAUUCCUCUCUCUCUCUCCACCCUUUACCUUAGCUUCAAUGGCCUCUGUUUCAGCCACUUUUCUCAGCUUCCAACACUCUUUCAAGCUCUCUACAAUCACUAGCCAGGCUUCUUACAGAACUUCAAGUUUGGGGACAGUUUCUAUGGAAUGGGGUAGAAGGAGUUUUCCUUCUUUGAGAUCUUCCCGUUUUUGCAUUUGUGCAGUCCAGGCACAACCUGAGACAAUGCAGAAGGUGUGUGAGAUUGUGAGGAAACAACUUGCUCUUACCCCCGAAACUGAGCUUACCCCAAAAACCAAGUUUUCAGAACUUGGUGCUGAUUCCCUUGACACUGUGGAAAUAGUGAUGAGUUUAGAGGAAGCGUUUGGCAUAAGUGUUCAAGAAGAUGGCUCUGAAAACAUCACAACUGUUCAAGACGCGGCUGAUUUAAUAGAGAAGCUGGUUCAAGAGAAAGGUGAAGCUAAUUAAGAAGGAAAUUGCAUGGAAAAUGCAGAGUGAGUGCACAAGUGUAACUCAAUGAUGAGGUUAAUCAUUUUGCCAAUUUACGUGGCCUUUUUUUGUGCUUGGGCGUAUUCUUUAG